AUGGAUGAUUCCACUGGUUCCCAUCUGUCCGUCGUCGUAGACUUGUCCCCGACUCAAUGGCAUCUUUCCGGUCUCUCCUCUAACGCUUACCCCUUGGCUCUCAACUCUUUUCUUUCCCAGCUACUUGUCUUCCUUAACGCCCACUUAGCUUCCAAGCAUGAGAACACUCUUGCUGUCUUUGGCGCCCUUCCCGGCAAGAGUGUCAUGCUCUAUUCUUCAAUUGACCAGGAAUCUGACACCACCAUGCAAAUGGACUCCAACUCAUAUCUAGCGUUCAAAGUCAUCGAUUCGGCUAUAGUACGGAGAACCAGAGAAGAGCUAGAUAUGCUCAUGGACGACGAAGAGGAAGCGCCUUGUGGUCUGGUCGGAGCGUUGACUAAGGCCCUUUGUUACGUUAACAGGGUUGCCCUUGCAUCCACCAUAUCGUCCGACAACACAUCUCAACCCCUCGAUGCUGCCAGUUCCACCGACCCCCGGAUCCUCAUCUUGUCCGUAUCUCCGGAUCUCACUACGUCUUACAUUCCCAUUAUGAAUGCCAUCUUCUCGGCCCAAAAACUGAAGGUGGCCGUUGAUGCUUGCCAGAUAUACGGUCCAGACUCCGUGUUUUUACAACAGGCUGCACACUUGACCGGAGGUUCUUACAUAGCCCUGGAACGACGAGACGCGCUUCUUCAAUACUUGAUCAUGUCGUUUCUCUCUCCGCCCUCUAUUCGAAAGGUGCUCUCCGUCCCCACACAAGAUAGAAUUGACUUCCGUGCAGCCUGCUUCUGUCAUAAGAAUAUAAUCGACAUCGGUUUUGUGUGUUCGGUGUGCCUGUCUAUAUUUUGUCAACCAGUCCCGGUGUGUUCAACCUGCCGAACGAAAUUCCCGAUCAAAACACUGCAGCGACUAAAUGCAGCAAAGCCUCUCUUGGCGCAAUCCAAUGGCUCGGUCCAGCGCACGCCCUCUUCCAGCCAGCCGCCAACUCCGAGCCGUACAGGUUCUGCCGCUCCUUCCGCCUCGGCCCGCAAUGGGGAUACCACGUCGUAUCAAUUACCCCACAGCGCCUCUAUUGGACAAGGUAGCAGCAACGGGUCUAACGGUGCCAGACUAGGCUCUGGUUAA